AUGUUUUCGCGCUCUCUUUUUUAUCCCGUCUCCUUCUGCGCGAAGCCCCUAUCUCAAUCGCUACCCUUAACCCUGGCUACAACUCGCCGUAAUAUCGCCUCCAAGGCCAAGAAGGAAUGGCUCUGCAUAAUUCCUGACAAGCCAAAUACUUUGGAACGUCGAUUGCAGGUUCGACCCAAACAUUACGAGGAUGUCAAGGGUCUUGUAUCAUCGGGCAAACUGCUGGUUGGCGGAGCAAUGGUUGAGUCUCAUCCAGUGGAGGGUGAAACGCCGUCAUUCAAGGGCAGCAUGCUUGUUUACGCCGCUACCAAUGUUGAGGAGGUCAAGGAUAUUAUCAAAAGUGACAUCUACACCUCAAGUGGCGUCUGGGAUGUCGAAAAAGCACAGAUUAUUCCGUAUAUCUCCGCUGUGCGUGAACCAAUGCCCUGA